AUACACACACACUCACACAGACACUUGUCAAUGAUGCACUCAUUGCUAUAGCACUACUCAAGAUGGAAUAUUAUAGUUUUCUGCUAGGUUUGCUCGCAUUUUUCCUUCUUGGCAGGUUGUUUGCAAGCGCUGAUAUUGUUGAAUUUGAUGAAAACUAUGAAAUCACGUGGGGUUAUGAUCAUGUUCUCUUAUUUAAUCAAGGAAGAGAAGUUCAGCUCUCUAUGGAUAUCUCUUCCGGAGCUGGGUUUGGGUCGAAGCUAAGAUACGGUAGUGGAUUUUUCCACAUGAGGAUAAAGCUACCGCCGAAGGAUUCUGCUGGGGUUGUUACUGCUUUUUACCUAACCUCACAAGGCGACAAGCAUGACGAGCUAGAUUUUGAGUUCUUGGGGAAUAGAGAAGGCAAGCCUAUCACGUUGCAAACCAAUGUGUUUGCAGAUGGUGUUGGGAAUAGGGAGCAACGGAUUCUUCUCUGGUUUGAUCCUGCUGCAAAUUUCCACACUUACCAAAUUCUAUGGAACCAACACCAAAUUGUAUUCUAUGUGGAUGACGUCCCAAUUCGAGUGUUCAAGAACAACAAAAAUAUUGGAGUAGGGUACCCAUCGCAGGCAAUGCAAGUAGAAGCAAGCUUGUGGGAUGGAGAUAGCUGGGCAACUGAUGGAGGCAAAACAAAGACUAAUUGGAGCAUGGCACCUUUCAAAGCUCAUUUCCAAGGAUUUGAUAUAGGCGGUUGCCCAAUAAUUCAGAACACAAACGUUCAAGAAUGUUAUUCUCCCAAGUAUUGGUGGAAUUCAGAGAAAUAUUGGAAGUUAGAUUCCAAGCAACAAAUAGAGUUGGAAAAUGUAAGGAACAAAUACAUGAGCUAUGACUAUUGUUCUGAUAGGCCUAGAUAUCCCGUACCUCCUCCAGAGUGCCUUCUUCAGUAGCAGACAACAUUAAAGAGAGUUCAUGACCAUAUUUCAACAAGAAAAGUAACGGGUAAAGCAGAUAAAGAUAAACCAACAAAACUUCUCUUCUUUCUGCAGCUAUGAAUUUCCUGUAACCUUCAGCCUUUAAAUCAGCUUGGCAGCAAAAUGAAGCCAUAUUUCAACAAGUAGAAAUAAUUGAAGAUUGGGAUACAACUCUUUAACUCAACAAAUAUCUUUUGUUUUGAGAAUAUGUCCCGUCUCUUAACCUCAUCAAUGAAAUCUUACCAUGUAGCAUCAUUAAAGAAAAGUAAUUACUUUUCAUGUUUAAAA